CGUUUUCAACAUCCCGGAAGAAUGACGAAUAUGAACAAUAAGUUCACAGCGUCUGACAAAUUCGCUCCUGUUCAGACCUUGAUAGACUCAUCUUUCUCCGCUCUCUGUGUCUGUCUCGCCCAACAAAACCUUCGCAGAGACUAAUAGAAAAAAAAUGAAUGCGUUUUCCUGCCACGGGCUCAGUAAAUACACGAUUGUCUUGGCUUUCGUGUUGAGCGCCGCUCGUUGCUGUCAAACGUUUAACUUGGAUGUGAGGUUUGCAGUCGUCAAAGAGGGAAACGCAGGCAGUUUGUUUGGACUUUCUGUUGCACUUCACGAGCAGGUCGUAGGAGAGAAGAGACACCUACUUCUUGUAGGAGCACCGAAGGAGAAAGCAGAGUCUGGACUGUCAGCCAAUGAGACUGGAGAUGUAUAUGCCUGUCAAAUGACUGCAGAGAGCAAAGACUGCAAAAGACUGAAUCUGCUCAACUCAAAUCCUGAUGAUAAACCAGACCCUAAAAAUGAUGUCAUAGAUGGGAUGUGGCUUGGUGUGUCGAUAGCCAGUCAGAGUCAACCAGGGGGCCGUGUAUUGGCGUGUGGCCAUCGUUAUAUACGGAACUUCGCAACCAACUUUCGCAUGAUUGGGAAGUGCUUUGUUCGUGGAAAUAAUUUAGAGUUUAACAAAACAGACUCUCAGUGGCAGUCGUAUGAUGAGGUGUGUGACCCCAGAGACGAUCAGACUAAUGAAGGAAUGUGUCUGGCUGGAAUGUCUGCUGCUGUCACUCAGAUGAAUAUCUUCCUCGGUGCACCUGGAUGCUUCAACUGGCAAGGAAAUACAUUUUCACAGUGGCAUAACCCGGAUGACGAGUUUGAUAAAGUGAAGAGAAAGCUCGAAAAAGACAUUACAAAAGGGAACAUUUACACUGGUUACUCUAUAGCUGUGGAUCGAGAUGUACUAAGCAAAGACAAAGACACAGUGGUAACAGGAGCUCCAAGAGACGAAGCCAAAGGAUCGGUGAUGAUGGCUGACUUUUUUAAUACUGUUAACAAUGGAAUAGUCAAAAGAACUAUCAUGGGGGAACAAGUAGGAUCCUAUUUUGGCAACAGUGUUGCUGUUGUGGACCUUAACAAUGAUGGCUGGAAGGAUCUGAUUGUUGGAGCCCCUUUCUAUUUUGACCGGAAAAAAGAUGAAGGUGGUGCAGUCUAUGUCUAUAUGAACCAGAACGGGUCUUUUCGUGACAAAGCUGACGUGGUCCUCACUGGGCCUAAGGAAUCCGCUUUUGGCAUGGCUGUUGUUGCUAUUGGUGAUGUGAACCAGGACGGCUUCCAAGAUUUUGCUGUUGGUGCUCCAUAUCACAGGACAGGCAGCGUUUCUAUAUGGAUGGGUAGCAACAUGGGUAUUUCCCAAAAUUCAAGUCAGGUCAUUCAUGGAAAAGAUAUCCCAGGUGGUGGAUUUCAGACAUUUGGCUAUUCCAUCAGUGGUGGCAUGGAUGUGGACAGAAACAGUUACCCAGACAUAGCGGUCGGAUCAUUAGAUGAUCGCGUGGUCUUGCUUAGGGCACGCCCCGUGAUUCAUCUAAAGAGUACUUUAACUGUGACACCAGAAGUUGUCAACCCUCAAACCUGUGAUGCCUGUAUUGAAGCAAAGAUCUGUCUCUCCUACACAUUCAACACUGGCACUACCAAUUCCCAGAAGAGUAUUACUUUUCAAUAUACGGUGGAAGCCGAUCAGCUCUCGUCUCGGAACAUUCGUGUUCAUUUCCUUGACAACAAAGAGGGCAGAUACACUGGCAAAAUGUCUGUUAAUCCGUCUGGAGAUUGUCGUUCUCUGAAACUUGGGCUGUCCAAGACGAUCCAAGACAAGGUUCAUCCGAUAGUUUUCUUGCUGAAAUUGUCUUUGGAGGAGCCUCUUCCCUCAGGCGGACCGACGUUGGAGGACCUCAGUGCUUUUCCUGUGAUCAGCCAAAGAGAUGCUCUGACUACCAAAGCUGAGAUCCACAUACAAAAAGAAUGUGGAGCAGAUAACAAAUGUGAGAGCAACCUUCAGAUGACGGCUACAUUCACAGAUGAGCAGAACACACCGUUCCCCACGCGGAACGGCGUCCAGAUUUUUUACUACACUACUGACGUGAAGAAGUUGAAGUUAAUGGUGAAUGUGUCCAACAUUGAAUCACAGGACAGGAAAGCAGAAGAUGCUUACAGGGCUCUUCUAAAUGUCACCAUUCCCUCUUCACUCAGCUACUCCAGCCUGAAUCCCAAGAACUUGAAUGUUAACUUUUCCUCCGGGGUUCCUUUUCUUCUGUGUACGCUGGGAGACCCCUUUCAAAGAAAUCAGAGAGUUGAGAUUGAGAUCACCUUUGAAACUACUGGAAUCACAUUAGACAUGCAGGAGAUUCAGACUGAAUUGCAGCUCUCAACGCAGAGCGAUCAGGAUGAUUUUUCCCUGCCGAAAGUGCUCACGGUGGAGUACGUCCUACAGCCCAUCUUUAAUAUCCCUAUCUUCAACCUUAAGACAGAAUUCAGUGGCAAUGUAAUUGGAGAAUCAGCCAUGAAAAGUACCAGUGAUAUUGGAAGCCCAGUGGAAUUCAACUUCACGGUGGACCUUUCUGGUAAACCUCUGGGAAAUCUGGGGUUUCUGGAAGUGAUCUUUCAGUGGCCUUAUGCCUUGACUAAUCAGAAGUGGCUGCUUUACCUGUCAGAGAUUCAGAUGACAGGAACGUCCAAGCCCUUCUGUGUUCCUGAAAAUAACAUCGUAAACCCCCUUAAUCUCACAGUGUCAGAGCGCAAGUCUGGGAGGAGGAAAAGAGAUGAGGACUCCUUGGAGUCUGAACCUACUGAACCGCAGACCUCACCGAAUCUGCAGGCCGUCCAGGCGAAACAGCAUGUCAUCCUUGACUGUACCAAGGGAUCUGCCCUCUGUCAGACAUUCAGCUGCCCCUUGCUUGGCAUGAACACCUCGGCCAAAAUCAUUGUCAGAGCGCGCCUAUGGAAUGGCACAAUGCUUGAGGAAUACAAUGCUGUAAGAGUACGUGUGUUUGGUAGUGCCACACUGAGUCUAAAAACAGACAAACAAACCAUCAAGAUGAGCCAUUACACCCGCGAGUUUACAGUAGAUAUAGACCCCGCAGGGUCAGAAGAGCUUCCGUAUGAAAUGCCUCUGUGGAUAAUCAUUGUGUCUGUGCUGGCUGGAGUGAUUCUGCUGGGCCUGAUUGUCAUUUUUCUGUGGAAGAGUGGCUUUUUUAAGCGGGCUGCCUACUUCCGAACUAUGCCCAAAUACCAAGGCGUGAAGAUUUGUAAGAAGGAACAGUACCAGGUAAACCAGGGCUUUUUGGUUGUGGAUUCAAUGAACAAGAAGAAACACUGGAUCACAAACUGGACUGAAAAGAAACAGUACUACUGAUGAGUGCACUCUCAAACUGUCUCUUCUAGACAGUGAAAAGUGAAACGUUUACAGACGUUUAUUAUCCAAAUCAACGCAACUCUACCUGAUUUUAUUGGAACUUCAUCCGGAUAUCUGAUAGGCCUACAAUUGAAGAUGUUCAUUUAAAACUGCCUGAUGAACUGGUUAUACAGAAGACUGUGUGUGAGAUUAAUGUUUUGAUGUUUAUUUUAUUACUGUUUUUCUACUGAAUACAUGUAUGCUGGAGGGCUCAACAAGAAGGGUUUUCUGGCUGGUUUAGCAGUUCAGAUUUUUCCCCACCACAAAUGAAAGAUUCGUUUUGACAAAAAGAUAACAAUGUUUUUAUUGUUGUUUUUUACAUUUGUCACUAAGUUCAUAUAGAAUACAGAAAACCAAACCUUUAAACAUCAAUGAAUGUGAAUGUAAAUUCAGUGUACGUGUGAACUUACUGUUGAACUGUGUAUUUUGAUUUUCAUUCUUAUUAUCUGUGUGAGGAUUUUAUUGUUAUGUGCCCUGACUGAAAAUAGCAUUUUCUCUUCAGGUUUUCGAUAUAGUGCUAAAAUCUGUUGCCCAGUCAUGACUCACUAUUUCAUCCUUCUCAUUCGGUUCUUGCUUUAUAUAUUUUUAUCUUGCAUCAGGUCACGUUUUUGUGAAACAGUGAGAAAAAAAAAAAAAAAAAAAAAAA